AUGUUUUUAGAGGACGACACCACAGACUGUCGGAGUGCUGAUGGUGUUUACGAGGUUUCCUUCUACUGCAACGCGGUGGUGUCCAACACCGGGGACAUUUUCUGGCUCCCUCCAGCUAUCUACAAGUCAGCCUGUCCCAUCGAGGUGCAGAACUUUCCCUUUGACCAGCAAAACUGCACCCUCAAGUUCCGCUCCUGGACCUACGACCACACCGAGCUGGACCUCAUCCUCACCAGCGACUAUGCGAGCCGUGAUGACUUCACACCAAGCGGGGAGUGGGACAUUGUUUCACUGCCGGCACGCAAAAACGAAGACCCCAACGACAUCACCUACCUUGACAUCACCUAUGACUUUGUGAUCCAGAGGAAGCCCCUGUUUUAUACCAUCAACAUGAUCAUCCCCUGCGUGCUGAUCACGUCGUUAGCCAUCCUGGUGUUCUACCUGCCGUCAGACUGCAGAGAGAAGAUGACUCUGUGCAUCUCGGUGCUGCUGGCGCUCACUGUGUUCCUGCUGCUCAUAUCAAAGAUCGUGCCCCCCACCUCGCUGGCUGUGCCUCUCAUAGGUAAAUACUUGAUGUUCACCAUGGUUCUGGUCACGUUCUCCAUCGUAAGCACCGCCUGCGUUCUCAACGUGCACCAUCGCUCCCCUUCCACCCACUACAUGCCCGACUGGGUCAAACACCUCUUCUUAGUCCGCCUCGCCACUUUGCUCCUCAUGAGGCGCCCAGGAUCCUCCAAAAUGUGCCGGAAGUUUGCCAGCCGGACUACCGUCUGUAAAAACAAAGUGCCAAGCAGCUCAGACAAGAGGCAGCGCUCCGACGUCAGACUGGGUGGAGUCCAGUCAGACUAUGUUAAUGAAGACUUCAUACGCAGGUGCUGGUGGAAACAGACUGAAAUUCCAGAUGGCCGGAGUGGGAUUUCAGACUUUCAGGAGCCGUGGGAUGCGGAGCUGGAGGAGGCGGUGGAUGGAGUGAGAUAUAUCACCGAGAACAUGAAGAUGGAAGACGACAAUGAAGGAAUCAUCGAGGACUGGAAGUACGUAGCCAUGGUGAUAGACCGUCUGUUCCUCUGGAUCUUCAUCUUGGUGUGUGUGGUCGGAACCCUCGGACUCUUCAUGCAGCCGCUGUUCCAAAGCUACAACACACCCACAGCUGACGACGCAGAAUAUGGAGAUUUCUAGGACUUCUGGGACACCAUAAGAAAACCAAACAUCUCAGCUGGAGACGCUGAACCACUUGUGCUG